GCCAAGCAGCGUCUUUUAAAUAUCGCAGUUGAUGUGCGGGACUAAAUCUUUGCGCUCUUCUUAAAUGGCUUUAAGUAAACCCUGUCUGUUAGUCGCUUCUGGGCGCUGAAACUACUGGAAUUGCGACGGACUGAGAGCAGACGCCGCAGAAAUGCGUUUCUUGACCUUUGUUUUCAUUUUCCUCAAACAUUUAUCGAGCGCCCUUCCUCUUCACGUAGAUGCCACCAUAGUUCAGAUCCAGCAGUGGGGGGUGGUAGGAGCUCAGCAUGUCGCAGAGCAAGUUUUCCUAAAUGGAAUUUCUCUCUCAAGCCCAAGCUGGGAGGUCCAGAGCAUAAUCAAAAGCAUGUCCGCCAGUGACCUCCUACCUGAUGGAAUCAGCAAUAACCAGACCUCAGUUCUAAGAAAUCAUACUGUCCUUCGCUCUCGGGAAUGCAUCAUAGAGGGCUCCCGGCUCCACUGGUCUGAUCGGGUGUUUUGUGAUGGCAAGGUCUUCCUGACCCUGGAGCGCAACAACACAUGGACAGCCCAUGCGCCAGAAGCAAAAGCCCUCAAAAACCUGUGGGACCAGGAAGUGGAGCAUUCAAAAAUUGAGAGAAGACGUCUGCAGGAGGGAUGCAUUCAGCUGAUGAGGGAACUGAAGCUUUCAGAGGAAGAGUCAGUUCAUGGAAUUCCUCUUCCCAGAUUUCUGAUCCCAAUCUUGGCUGUGACGGCAUUUUUAAUGCUAAUUAUAGUGACCAUUCUUAUCUCAAGAGGCCCUGGUCUAAUUCACCCUGGAGGGGUGAUCGGCUCCAUCAUCCAUUACCCCAAAGACAUAACUUACUCUGCUGAUGAGAACGAAUCGUGUUACAGAGCACUGUGACUCCAAAGACUCAUGAAUACAAAGUUGCUUGUGAAUUGAUGCUUUUGUCAUAUGUUUUUUUUUCUUAUUCUCUUUAUUGCUCUUUAUAUUAUCGCUUUAAUAUAAAUUACUUAAAGAAAAAUUAACACAAGUGUUUGAUGCAGUAAGUUAUUCACAUUCUUAUCAAUACAAAUAAAUACAUGUUCCUGAACACCCAAUAAAACAGUGCAAACUUAA